AAGGAAAGCCAGGUAGUAUCUAACAACCAAUGACACGACCGAGUUCUUGACAUCUCUUUUUUGAACCUCCUACGUGUCAGCUGGGGAAGAAAAGGUGGGAUUUUCACCAUGAAUGGCCCUACCAAGGCAAAACUGAAGCCUAAGCCUCUAAUAAGAGGACAAUCCAUGCCUGCGUUCAAACUGAACGAGGUCAUCGCAGAGGCCAGUGAUGAACAACUGCAACAACAACACCGUCAGCCAGUGGCCAAAUCUUCUACUGAAGACUCGAAAGCAACGAAUUCACCACAGUUGAAGAGAACCUCGAAGCCCAAGCCGCUACUGAGAGUUGAAUCGUCACCAAAUUUUAAACUGUCGGGGGAGAAAACCGAAGAAAAGAGCAAGCAGAUGCCAAAGCCCAAACCGCUACUGAGAGUUGAAUCAGUACCAAUUUUCAACCUAACCGGAGAAAAGAACGAAGAAAAGAGCAAGAAAAUGCCACCAAAACCGAAGCCUCUUUUGAGAGGGCAGUCUCUGCCUAUUUUCAACCUGACGGGGGAUAAAACUGCAGAAAUGGCCAAACAGAGACGAUUUGUUUCGGAAUCGACUUCAACGCUUCGCAUGUCGGGGUCAUCUGUUGAGUUCAAGAAGCAAGAAAUUACUGACAAGCCAAUAGGACAAAAUGGAGUGUUUCGUCAGUACCUGCGAGGCCGCCCCAUCACCAUGUUCGCGCCCUCCGAUUCAGCAGACCAAGGCGCCAAAAAGGAGUCGACUCUGCCAACUGAAAUGCUACGUGCAGAAUGGGUAUACGGCUACCGUGGCCGUGACUGUGCCGAUAACCUACACGAGCUCGCUAGCGGUGAGAUCAUCUACAACAUCGCGUCAGUCGCGGUGCUGUACGACCCUAGAGCCGGCACACAGAGACACUACCUGGGGCACAACUCCAGUAUACAAUGUCUGGCGGUCCAUCCCGCGGGUGUCCUGGUGACGAGCGGACAGGUAAUGGGGGUCAACCGGAGAGAACAGAUCUCUGUAUACGAAAAGUUUGACGGAUUCUAUGGAACUCCUGAUCCCAACUGGUACAAGCCUCAUGUUAGAGUGUGGGACUCCAAAACCUUACAGACAUUGGCUGUGAUUGGCGGAGGAAAGCUACAAUUUGGAGUUUGCGCAGUGUCUUUUUCGGUCUCGGAUGGUGGCGACCGAGUUCUGGCAGUUGACGACUCGCCGGGAAAAAUUAUGACAGUUUGGGACUGGAAAAAUGGACAUUUACUCUGUGAAGCAGUGGCCACACGAGACCUGUUGGAGACGGCCGCCUUCCACCCGAUGGACAGCGACAUGAUGGUAACGGCCGGAAAGAACCAUCUCGGCUUCUGGACUAUCAAGAAAAUAACGGCAGGAUCCAGCAGCAAGGCUUUCCUAACCAUGAAGAAAGGACUGUUUGCGGAGCAUCAGGCCAAGUUUGUUCAUUGCUUGGACUUCGGCGAUAAUGGUGACGUCAUAACCGGGGAUUCCAAGGGAAGCAUUUUGGUAUGGAAGAAAGGGUGUAACAGAAUCAGCCAUGCCAACCCGGCUGCCCAUAAAGGCGGGAUCAUGGCGAUGCGUGUGACGUCAGAGGGUACCCUGGUCACGGGAGGGGGGAAGGACAGGCGCGUGGUGUUGUGGGAUAGGUCUUACACCAGAUCGCUACGGGAGUGUAAGCUCGACAAAUCGCUAGGUGGCGUGAGGUCUAUCUGUACGGCAGACAAAUGUCAGAUGUUCUCUGGGAACGGUCUGUUUCUUGGCACUCUCUCUAACGCGCUCUGCCAUUGGACAUUGGAUCUGGAGACGGUAGAAUCCGUAUCUAAAGGCCAUGCGGAUGAGUUGUGGGGCCUUGCAGCCCACCCUAGGAAACCCCAGUUCGUGACAUGUGACUACAGCGGGCUGGUGGUACUGUGGGAGAGUAAAACACACCGGCCGGUAUGGAGAACUCAGAUCAAGUUCGCGGCCCAGUCUGCCCAGUUUCAUCCUACUGAAGAAAUUCUUCUGAUCGGAACAACUGCUGGAAGGUGGUACUGUAUUGACGCCUCCUCUGCCGCAAUUAUUGAAGAAAACCAGGCUGGUGAAGACAAGAAACAGCUGGACUGCCUGCGAUUCUCGCCAGAUGGCGCUAUCCUGGCGAUUGGGUCACACGACAACCACAUCUACAUGUACAACGUGGAAAACCACGGGAAAAGUUACAAGAAAACAACUAGGUAUGAAACUUUAUGUCCUUGA